AUGUGCUGCUGGAAGAGGUGGACGUUGCCGAAGCUAUGUCAGUGUGCUCGAGAUUGGGAGAGUAAGGGGAUGCGCUGCUGGAAAGUAGAGCAGUGCCGGAAGCUAGGCAGGUACGUUCUGAAUUGGAGAAUAGGAGUAGGAACUGUUGGAAGUAGUGGAGAGGCAUCUGCAGCCAUGUCAGGAGUACAUGGGUUAGGAGAAGGAGAGUUGCACUGCCGGAAGCUCAGACAACUUCAGCGACAGUAG